UCAGACCAAAACACUAGUAUUUUUGUUAAAACGUAUUUAUUUCAAGUAUAUAUAAGGAGUUGAAAAAAAAAGGAUAAAAUGCCAAAGAAAUGCCUGGUUUGCGGCACAAAAGCAAACACCGUUUGUGAUCGUAGUUUUCAUUUCUUUCCAAAAGAUGAAGUUACUAGGCAACAGUGGGUCAAGUCUUUGAGACUUACGUUUCAACCUAACUUUAAAACUUCUUGUGUUUGCAGUGUACAUUUUGGUGAGAAAUGUUUUCCUGAUGAAUUUAUUCAGGAGCGCCGUCGACGACGACGAUUACUUACAGGGUCAGUGCCAGUGCUAAAAAAAAACGAAUGUGUUCUGAGUCCUGAUGUGUUGAAAGUGUCCUCUGAUGUGCAGUGCUCCAACAAUGCCGCGUACAGCAACAACAGUCGGAAGGAUGCAAUAAAUGGUGUUAAGGUUUUGAGUAAAGAUGAAAUUAACAGUGAUUAUAGUUUAAGAUCAACAUUAUGGUUGGAUAAAGAUUCAUGUACUUUCCAAAGCACAAAUAAUAGUCACCACAGUGAUAAUUCAAAUUCCAGUAUAUGUGUUAAGUAUGAAAAAGUAGAGUGUGAAAGCGAUGAUGUAAAUUUGUUCACUCAUGAGUCUGAAACAUGUAAUUAUUACAGCACUAGUCAAAGUUAUAACAGUGAUAAUUUAGUUGACAGUUCAAGUUUAAAGAUUGAAAAAGUAGAGUCAAAAGGCAGUACGAAUUUCUGUGCAAAUGGGUCUGGCACUCCAAUUCUUUUUGAUGACAGCAGUAAAGAAAGGAAACUCUGCCCUGGAGAUAGCGCUAUCAAAAGAGUGAAAUUUUUACAUGAUAACGAGGUAAAAUAUUUGAGUCGAUCAGAUUUUAUAUCGAAUGAAAGUUGGGAAAAGUUUCUACAGUACCAGGCGUAUUCACGAUCAAAGCUUAAUGCUGCGUACAAUCAGAAUUCGAGAUAAGAAAAAAUUAAGUCCGAAAAUGUGGUUGGAUUUUCAGCCUCAAAAAAAUUAUAUCUUCUGUAGAUUGCAUUUGUGGCAUCUACUGGACAUGUAGUACAUAUCUGGAAGCUGCUUCCUAA